UGGCCAAGUAAAAGUUUCCCAAAACGAAAAAAAAAAAGACUUCAAAAAGAAAAAAGAGAGAAAAAAAAAGGGGCAAAAAAACUUCACAGCAGCAGCAGAAUUAAAAAGAAAAAUUUACUUGGAAGGAAUAAACAAACAGACCACAAUAGUCAAACCCACAAAAAUUCUUGGGGGUUCCGAUUAUUCUACAGAAUCGAAGGGCUCGAGAGAAAAAAAGAAAAGAUGAUUUCAUCCAUGGCGUCAAUUUCAUCAUCUUCUUCGGCUACAGUGAGAGUUGAGAAAGCAACAAGCGAGUUCUUGAUUGGGCCCGAUUGGACUCUCAAUAUUGAUAUAUGCGACACAAUUAAUUCCAAUCAGAUGCUGGCAAAAGAUGUUGUGAAAGCUGUGAAGAAGCGGUUGCAGCACAAGAACCCUAGAGUUCAAUUACUUGCUUUAACGCUUCUGGAGACUAUGGUCAAAAACUGUGGCGAUUAUGUGCAUUUUCAAAUUGCAGAAAGAAAUAUAUUGCCCGAGAUGGUCAAGAUUGCAAAGAAAAAGACAGAUAUGAAUGUAAGAGAUAAAGUUCUGGUCCUAAUUGGCUCUUGGCAUCAGGCAUUUGGUGGAGCUGGAGGAAAAUAUCCGCAGUAUUACAUGGCUUACGAAGAUCUGAGGCGUUAUGGUGUAGACUUUCCUCGAAAUUCAGUCGAUGCUGUUCCGAUAUUUACUCCACCUGUAACACAUCCACCAACAAGGCAUCAAUUUCAACCAGGUUAUGGAAUGCCUAGUACUUCUUCCACUAGACUUGAUCAAGCAAUGGCUGCCGAAGAAAAUUUAAGUGUAUCAAGCCUAAACUCCAUGAACGAUGUUCUUGAUCUGUUGGCUGAUAUGUUGCAAGCUGUUGAUCCAAGCGAUCGCUCGGCUGUUAAAGAUGAAGUGAUAAUCGACCUUGUUGAGCAAUGUCAAGCCAAUCAAAAGAAGCUGGUGCAGUUGUUGGCAAAUACAGGGGAUGAAGAAAUUCUUGGCAAGGGUCUUGAGCUGAACGAUAGCCUGCAAAUUGUGCUUGCAAAACACGACGCGAUAGCUUCUGGUUCCCCACUACCCCCUCAAGUGAGAAAUAUCACAAACGGAGAAUCGGAAAAACGUGACUCAACUAGUACCAAAUCUGCUGAGCCGAGUGUGCAGAAUGCACCACCACCUCCUGAAAAAAACUCUCCACCAGUUUUACCUGAAAAACAGAAGGGCGUGGCUGAUGAAGAAGACGACGAAGAGGAAGACGAUUUCGCCCUUCUUGCUCGAAGGCACUCAAAAGCUCGUGUCGAAGUUUCUAACAACACGUCUGCGGGAAAAGCUGACGUGGCACCUGCAGAAUCUUCCACAAGCAAUGCCCUAGUGCCGGUUGAUGUUCCUACAUCGGUUCGAACAAAAGAACAAGACAUCAUAGACCUACUCAGCAUCACCUUAUCAACACCUACAUCAAAUGACCAAACCCCUCAGUCUCCUACUCCACCAAUGCAAAAUCAGGGGAAUAUUCCGUCGAGUUAUCCUGCUAACCAUGGUUUAGGCUUCAACAACUAUAUCGCCCCGUGGGCGCAGCCUCAGCCUCAGCAUCAACAGAUUCAAUCUCAACCACGGAUCGAGCCUCAGCAAAAUCAACCACAAUUUCCUCAGUAUCCAACGCAACAACCAUUGAAUUCUUCUUAUCAACAACAGCCAAAAUAUGCUAAUUACACUUCAAUGUACCCUCCUCCACCAUGGGCGGCCACUCCUGGAUAUUUUACCAAUAAUCAAAGUCCAGCUUACACAUAUUCGACAGGUAGGCCCACAUUUGAGGCCAUUAAUGGAGAGACGCAGGUCAACUCUGGUUUGACUUCUUCUUCUGCUGCUGCUGCAAACAAUGUUGGACAGAGACCGUUUAUCCCGUCCUAUAGAUUGUUUGAAGAUCUUAAUGUAUUGGGUAGUGCAGAUGGAAGAUUUAAAGCUACGACUAAUGCGUCUGGAUCGAACAACCAAGGUAUGGUUGGGGGAAGGAAACUAUGAUUUGGUUGGGAUACAUCACAAGCGGAGUGUUGAUUUGGUGUAUAUUUCCUUUUAGUGAUUUAUUUGUUUUUUUAUUUAAUUUUUUUUUUGUUGAAGAACUGGGAGUGUAAAUGGUGUAGUAGUAGAGAUUUAAUCUCGAUAACGCUGAUAUUUGCAGUUUGUUCGAGUCGGUCGGUGACAAAUAAGAGGGGUUCUUGACUGAAAUAUGUGCUGCUUCCUCUUCAUUGAAAAUAUGGAUUGCCUGUGUUGGCUUAUAUUCAUUUACUUGAUACUUGUA